AGAAUGUGUUGUUCCACAAAAUGCAAGAAACAUCACCGAGGAAUUUACUAGUCGACAUGUUCGAGUAACGGCUGAAGAAGAGUUUGUUGCUGCCCAUGUUGAAGGAAACAUUACAGAAGAACCUAUUUCUGCGAACGAUAGACCAGAUACUGAACCUAAUUUAUCCUCGGGCGCUGCUUCAGAUGUGGAAAAUUCUCAUGCCUCAGACAUGGUGGAUGCUGUUGGCGUAGUGGAGCAUCAACUCAUUCUAAGUGGUGAAAGGGUUCCUUUCACAUACCUGGCAUCUUUGCUGGCAAAAUGGACCACCCAGAAGGACAACACACCAUUCAUUCAAGGGAAAAUCAAGUGCUUUUUGACCGGUGUCAAGGGGUUCCACUUCAAACAACGGAGUUCAUUUGAACUCCAUGUAUAUGUUGAUGAUGGGAGUCUCAUAUCUGAGGUGCUCAUUGACCACAAUGUUGUAAAGAAUGGUAUUGGCCAUUCUCCUGAGGAGGUCACUGUGGCUCUUUCUUCAUCAGAUAAGAAAACAGUAACAGAUAUGAGGGAGACCAUGAAAAAAUUCCAGCUUUUCUUGGCUAAAUUUGAGGGUACAAUGUUGGUGGAGGUCAAUGGAAACUCUCCUCUUCCUGUUGUCCUGGAGAUGAACCAGAGCUGUUCAACAUCUGAUGCCUGGUUGCUCCUUCAAAGACUGAAGAAGUUUACUGCUCCUCAAAAUAAACAACAUAACCAUUUGAAGCCUAUUGAUUUAUCUCCGUGAUGUUUAUGAUUGUUCGUUUGUUUUGACUAUGGUUAUGUAUUACUGGAAGGUUCUGAGAAGUAAUCAACAGAGAUACUUUAGCAUUGGGACACGGAAUGGUUGUUAGUGAAGUGGGUGACUGGGAUAAGAAUGGUUUCUGCUUAGCACAGGAUUUGUGGUGAUCGGCAAAUAUCAAGAUGAGAAAAGUGAGAUGCAUAGUCAAUGGCUUCACCUCCCUGAGGAACUACGUAACAAUGGGCUUAUGCUACCAAGCCUAAUCCUGCUUCUCUUUGCUCAUUGGAGUUGCUGCAUCCAGUUCCUACAUGCCUGAUUUAUGGUUGAUUCAUAACCUGGAUAAACCUGUGGAAAUUUCUAGGGUGGAGGGCUUUAAGCUGUUCUAAUUUGGCAUCACUGGCUAAAGGGACCAUCUUUCUAUGCUCAUUGUUUUUGCUUGACUUUUCCUGUAAGAACAUGGCUUCAGUUUGAAAGCUGUGCGGAUCAGCAAGUUCUGCAGGGUCUCUCUUGCUGUCAAGAGUGGAAACAAGCUUCAUGAGAGGUGUGGAAUUGCAUAAUAAGUUGGAUACACUGAGCCCCAAAAGUUUACAUCCUGAAAAGAGUCUUGCAAUUGAAGAUCAAUGCUCUGUGAAUUAAACUUGAUAGAUAUGAGUUAUGACGUUGAUUUCCAUUUUAGGGUACUCUGAAAUUAUGUGCAGAUGAAAAAUAGUGACAUGGGGACUGGAAGAGCAAAAUCUUGUAAGACAUGUCAACUUUCAUUUCCCCUUCAAUUUGUUAUGAAUCAAAAUUUUAUCUUAGCAAA